CCUCUCGUUUCUUUUGUUGUACCUCGACUCGACACCCUCAUUGUUUACAAAAGACCACCUCACCUGUGAUUAUAGUUAUUUUUUUACAGCAUUCCAUUUCAAAACAGAACUUCCGUCUUUUGUAUCUUCUAAAUUCGACCAGCAAAAAAAUCUAAUAUUGUUUACAGAACACAAAUUGGAUGCUGAUUUAAAAUCCAGCCUGUCCCUGAGCAGGUAUAAGCUUCAAUAAUAAUAGUCACACGUUCGUAUAAAAGAACCAAACCGCCAACUUUUUAGGAAAAAGGAAAACAAAUUGCAGCAUAGAACGAAUCCCUCAACUUUUCCUUCUUGUAGUUGAAGUCAUUUAAUAAAGAAAUUGAUUCAUAAAUUGAAAUUUGUUUUGUAUCAAUGCCCCAUGUGUUGAUUCAAUCAGAUUUUUUCUUAUAUAUUAUUUUUUUCCUUUUUAGUCACCAAAAGCUACAUCAGCAAUAAUACAUUUUAUUAUAUAAUACGAAGUAGUUGCAAGUACUGGGACUUGGUAAGUGUUUGCAGUCAACUGAAGAGAGAAGGAAAAAAAAAAAACCCCACAUCUCUUCUAACUCAUAUUGCAUCUGUGCGACUUCCUCAUUAACCGCUUCAGAGCUUGAAAGAGCGCAUUUGAAACGAGAACUAAAAGACGCACACAAAAAGCUCACCGUCAAGUAGGUCGCAGCCCUUCAAGCAUCCGGAGACACUUUAGAGAAGACCAACAAGCGGCAAUGCUCCGACAAUCUCUGAGCAUUCUCAAGCAGCUUGGCUCUUCCGCAAAGUCACAAGAUGUCAGCGAGCUUCUCCAAUCAGACCUGGUUGUGGUGGAGCAGCGGGUGGAGCCAGCCAAAAGAGCAGCACAGAUGCUCCACAAGAAGCUUCAAGGUUGCAUUGCAGAGUCAGGCGGGGCUAGAUGCUGAAAACGGAUAAAGAAGCUGCCUCUAAUGCUGCUGUCAAUCAGCAUGGCGGAAAGUUUCAAAGACUUUGCGCCAACCUCGUCCAUCAGGAGGGUGUUGGAGAUGUGUUGCUUCAUGGAGAAGAUGUUGGCCAGCCUCUUGGCAGACUUUGAAAUAAAAGUGGAAAAGGAAGUUUUGGAGCCACUGAAUAAACUCAGCGAGGAUGAUUUACCCGAAAUUCUCAAAAAUAAGAAGCAAUUUGCAAAGCUAAUGCCGACGAACAAUGCACGACUCAGGAGCCAGGCCAGCACCGGUCCACAAGCCAAACAAGACGGUCUCAAGGAAGAGGAGGAAGAAGCUCUGAGGAAGUUGGAGACCAUCAUGGUACAAUAUUCGGCUGACUUGUAUCACUUGGCAACGAAAGAAGACGACUAUGCGAGCUACUUCAUUCGCCUUUUGGAGCUGCAAGCAGAAUAUCAACAUUCACAUGAGUUCCUGGAUAGAAUAUUCAACAGAACUCAAGGAGAUCACUGGCAGCAACCACCAGCGAACCCCCUCGGACCCAAAGUUUUCGGGGAGCCUCUUUCCUCUCACCUGCUUCAGAACAAGCGAGAAAUCGCAGCACCCAUUCAAGAAUGUGUUCAUAUGCUGCUCAGAACAGGGAUGAGGGAGGAGGGUCUAUUUCGUCUGGCGGCGGCGGCCUCGGUGGUGAAGAGGCUCAAGAUUUGCAUGGAUCAAGGAACUGUCGACCACAGCGAGUUCAGGAUAGAUCCUCACGCUGUGGCUGGAGCUCUGAAGUGUUACCUGCGAGAGCUUCCUGAACCACUAAUGACCUUUGAACUCUACAAUGACUGGUUUAAAGCUGCCAGUGAAAAAGACUGCACAAAGAAGCUGGAGCAAUUCCGAAUACUAUUGAAGAAACUGCCGCCUGAAAAUUACAACAACCUCAGGUACCUGGUGCAGUUCUUGUCGCUUCUGUCCGAGCAUCAGGCUACAAACAAGAUGUCGCCCGGUAACAUUGCCAUCGUGCUAGGGCCCAAUCUCCUCUGGCCACAAGCUGAGGGGGAGAUCACCCUGGUUGACAUGGCGGCCGCAUCUUCAGUGCAGGUGGUGACGGUUAUUGAGCCUCUGAUUCAAUACAGUCAGAGCUCUUCCCUGAAGAGGUCUCCUUUGAGAUUUCCGGAGCUUCCCAAGGGCCAAGAAGACCAGUCCAUGAUCUCAGAACAAACACAACUGUGCAGAAAAGAUUCCCACAGCCUCUUGUUCUUCAACUGCGACAAGACCAGCGGCAGCACGUCAUCUCAGGACGGGAGAAGCGUCUCCUCUGUAACUUCCGUGAGACGCCAAGCGUGGGCUGCUUCUGCACACGACGCCGCAACCACCAACCAAAAACACAUGACGAUACUGAGCAGCUCAGCCCCCGCAAAACCAAGCUCAUUGCCAAAUCAAAACCCAGCACCACAUCCCAAAACCGCAGGGUUCACCUCAGGACAGAGCAAGGACCCCGUCCAGACGCAGCGCUCGGAUCUGUUAGAACCUGUUUCAGAGGCACGGCCCGUCUCACUUAAAACAGUCGUCAAACCAAAGAGGAGCAUCAGUGUGAGAAAAGCCAACGAACCUCACGAGCCGGUGACGGCUCACUCCAGCACGCUCAAAACGUCAGCGCCGCCAAAGCCUCGGCACCGUCCGGCUCCCACAACAACAGACGGGACCCAGGUGACGCGUCCGCCGCCUCCAGCUCAGCCGGUUGGUCAUAAAAAGCCGCCGAUUAAAAAACCUGGUCAAGCUCCUAGUUGUCCUCCACCUCGUCCCCCGGCGUUACAGUCCAAAGAGGCUCCCUCAAUAGCCCAGUAAGAUGAGCUCUAUACGGACUUUAACUUUGACACGUAGAUAAUAUUUAAUUUGAAUAUGUCUUCAUAUCAAGACAAUUGUAUGCUUUGCCGAAACACUUUUCUGGAAGGUCUAUCGAGGCCAUGGUGGAUUAAAAGCCGCUCUUUCCGAUUUUUUAAACAAAACAAGUUUGAUAUUCUUUCCAUUCUAUUUCCUGUAGGAAGCUGUAAUGAUUACAAAAUCCAACAUUUGUCCACAAAUAAAAAUAUGCAUCUAAGAUAUAACAUCACUUCCAAGUCUUACGGUUGAAUAUUUAAUUUGUUUGUUUUAUUAGUUGUGAGCUUACAAAAUAUAGCAUCGUUAUUCCCAAUUAAUAAAGUAUAAAGUUGGGCUGCACUAUGUUAUUAAGGUGCUUAUGCGUUUAUAGUGUCGUCAGCUGAUACGUUUGUGUACAUUUGGAGGCGAUAACAUAGACAUUACAAUUUGUCUAUU